AUGACUACCGAUGCAGCGCGCCGUGCAGUCUUUGAGACUGCAGAGCUCCUCGAGCAGAUCAUGCUUGAGCUGCCAGCCUUCUCCAUCUUUACAAGCCAGCGAGUCUGCCACCAGUUCCAGGACAUCGUCAGAACUUCAAGCAAGAUCCAGGAGAAACUCUUCCUCCGCGUCAACAGCACUCCUGACCGUUUCAUCCUAGCCGAACCACGGAACAUUGCAACUCCAAUUCUACGCCUGGAAGAGGAUAGAGAGCGAACGGACUUCUCAACAGUGCCAGCUCGAGUCAACAAUAUGUCUCGUUCACUCGGUGAAUCUUGGUCUCUCAGGUGGCUGAUCGGCGAUACGGUCAAAUUCUCUGAUAAACUCCACGCUGCAAUGGUCAGGCUACUACGCGAUGAAACACAGAAGCUAUCAUGUAGCUCCAUGCAUCUCGCAGACAUUCCUAUACUCUCCGCCAGGCUACAGUGCGAAUGGUCUGUCGGAGACUUGGUGCGAGGUGUUGGUGCAACGCAGACAACAUCCGCAACAGGAAUUACAGUGGGGGACGUGGUAGAAGCGAUGAGAACGCCAGGUGCACUCGUUAUACUCGAGAGAGUCGACCCUUCUGACGUGGGCUACGCGAACCACCGGACACUAUAUGGAGCACGGAUCAUGCCUAUCGUCAGGGACAUGGAGCAGAAGUAUCAAGGCGAGGCCACUCUGACUUUCACUCAAUUGAAGCUACAACGUGUGCUACUCACCACCCAUGAGAUCAUAGACGAACACAACGAGCGCUACGGCCCAGCCUGGUCUGAAAAUCGUCAGUCACUUUGA